ACGUCAUUAGCAAAACAUUGAGAUUCGUCUGCUUGUCACAUGAAUCUAAUGGAUCUGAAAAAUUCAACAGAAUCUGAUUGGACAAGGCUGAUUUUGGACAAACAGUACAUCUUCUCUCUAGCUGUUCAUUAUGCUUUGUUACUCCACCGUAGCGGAAGUGAAGCAGUCAAUGGGAUUAUGGAGUUUGUCGCCAAAACUUUGGACCACAUUUCACAAUUCCUGCCUACACUAGAGCUGGAAACUAAACUCAUCCUGAUUUUUUGCACAAUUUCGUUAUUUACUUGUUUGGUGACAUGCGUGAGAGUGUCCAAAUAUCGUCGUGCUCACAUUUUCCCUCCUGCUGGUUCAAAGUCCAUGUACGACUGGAAUGUGUUCGAUUUAGCAAAGACUGCGUAUGAGCCCGGUCAUACAGAGGCUGUUGUCAAAUUGGUGGAGCAGUACGGAUAUGAUAUCAACUACGUAAUGCCAACUAACGGGCUCUCCUUAUUUCUGUGCGCUUGUCUUAGUGGGAGAAGAAAUUUGAUUUUGUACAUGCUGGAAAGAGGAGCAAAUGUCAACGUGACGACAUCAUCAGGGGACAGUUCGCUCUAUUUAGCUACUUAUGGUGUCCUAAACUCUCCCCAAAAAGAACUAGAAAUACUCUCCGAUUUGAUCCAGUCAGGAUGUGAUGUGAAUAAACAAAAUCAGAAGGGUUACACCCCUUUACAUCGCGCGGCCAGCAAGGGGAAUAUGCCGGUCAUCAAAACUCUCCUCAAACAUGGUGCUGAUCCUUACCUCUGCAGUAAAUCUGGAAUCUACCCUAUUGACAGCGCUAUAACAGCAGGUCACGUUGAGGCUGCGGAACUGCUGAAAAUCAAUGUCAAGAACCCUCAUGUUUGGGACGUGGUGGAUCCCCACACCCCUCCCCGGAUACAACUGGGUCUCCAAAGCCCCCCAAGACGCCACCUUAUGGAGUCCUCAUGUAAACGUACCCUACACCAAGUCCUUAAUUAGGAUCAGCUGCUAAUUUUAAUAUGAAGGAAAAAAAAACCAAGCGGACUCUCAUACAGGAAAGUUCUAAUACGUUUUGUUUGAUAUAUAAAGUUCUGUCAAGUCUCCGUAAGAAUAAACACAUAAAGCCAUCAAAAUAAAACAGUUUAAAUACUAAAAUUACACAAAAAUGUUUAGAUUUUGAAAUAAUUUUAAAUUAAGAUAUUUAUUUUUUUAGUGAGGAUUAUUAUCUGAAAGUGUAGUUUUAUCAUAAAAUCAAAACUUUUUCUGGGUUAACUUGAAUAGCUUAUUAAAACAUAGCUGAAACCAUAGUUGAAAUUCAAAGAAAAUCUGAAAAGAAUGUGCAGCUUUUGAAACAUAAACAUUCAAUAAGCAAAGCACAAGUUUAGUAAAGAUUAAUUGAAUUAACUACUUGGAAGGCAUUUGCCCCCCCCCCCUUUUUUUCAACCAAGGCUAUGCAUAAGCCAAACAGCCGUCCUAAUUUUCUGCAGUUUUUUUUCAAAACGUUUUGUAUAUUUUUUUGUACUUGACAGUGCUUUUCAGCAAAGGAAUGUUACCUUUAUGAAUUGGAUUUAAUUUUCUGUAACUUUAAUAAGCUCAUCAUAUUUAUGGGUUUUUUGGAUGUUGACUGAUAGAUACAAGCAAAUGCCCAUGUAUAUUUGCACUGUCUUAAUGUAUCGCAUUUCCUUAGAAAAUCUGAUCGAGAAUGUUUUGAUUUUGUUUUUCAGUUUUGUUUAUUUGUUUUUGCUUAUAUUAUCAAUUUCAGAAAUAUUCGGUCAAAGAACAUACCUGUUCUCUGAUCAGGUAGUUCCUAGCUAAUGGAGAAGGUCCCUUUAAAAGUCA